AUGUUAGUACCGAAAUUGACUGACACUGAUGAACCACAAAUAAAUCACCUUAGUAAAAUUAAAAAAUAUAAAAGUGAUAAUAUUUUCACAUUGUUUCAAUCACCUCAUGAAAGAAUAUUUUCAACUGAUUAUGAUUAUUCUCCAAGAAGAAAUAUGAAAAAGUUUGUUCCAAAAUAUUUACAACAACAACAACAACAACAACGAGCUUAUAAUUCUAAAAAUCAAAAUCGACGUCGAACAAGACGUAAACAUUUAAGGAAGACUGAUUGUGACGAAGAUAUAGUUCAUUAUAUUGAUGACGAAAAGGAGUAUGACUAUGACGAUGAAAUUGAAGAUGUUGAUGAUAUUGAUCGCAGCAGUGAAAAUCUAAGUAAACAUAAUUUUGUCAUCAAAGAACAAAAUUAUGUAAAGAAGAGAUCUAUCAUGCCUUCACAUAAUUAUGCAGAUAUAAAAGAUAUUUUAACUUAUCAGAAUACAUCGGAUAGUUGUAUAUUUUAUUUAACAUUUAAUUCCAAUAAAUUAAUUGGACCAUUUAUAUUUCAUCCGUAUUUGAAUCAAGAACAAGAUAAAUACACAGAUAUAUUUAUACAAAGUGGAAAAAUAAAUGCCUUUAAUCCUAAAGAUCUUUUAAACAUGAGGAACCAUCGUGAAAUUCCGGUGAAUAAAGUACAAAUUACUGAUCAAAUUCUUGAUGCUGCUUAUGAUUUAGAACGUUUUAUACUUGAUGAAACUAGAAGAAUUCAUUAUCCUAUAAACCAUCCAUAUGUUGACCAUAAUUUAACACAAAUAAUCAAUGAUUUAAUUGGUAAUACACAAUUUACUAUUACAGCUACACCAGUGGUACAAAACGAAUUAUUUGUAAAAAAUUCAAAAAGUUAUAAAAAGCAAAUAACCAAUCUUUAUCGUGUUAUAGAUGAAUUACGUGAACAAAUAAAUGAACUGAAGGAAGAGAAUAAAAAUUUACGUGCACAGUUAGAAGAAUACAAAAAUUGGGCUGAUAAAAACCGUGAAAAACAAUAUAUUGAAGGUCCGGAUGAAAAAGUCAAUGAAUCGACAUUUACAUGGCAUGCAAAAUUAAACGCUCUUUUAGAUCAAUAUAGAGCAGAAAAUGAAAUUCUAAAAUCUCAUAAUUACACUCUUAAUCAAUCUCAGCAAGCAUUAUAUCAAGACCAUGAGUUAAUGCAACAACAGAACAAUAAAUUGAAACAACAAGUAGAUGAACUUAAAAGAUCACAGAAUCUUAUCUUAGCCAGAUCUCAGUCGGUAUUACGUGAAGAAAGAGAACGUAUGAAUAGAGAACAAGAAGAACUUAGUCGAGAGUUAGCAAAUGUAAAAAAAAAACUGGCCCAGUCACCAACCCAAUGUCCCAUCCAUCAAGGACAUCGACGGUCCAAUAUACCAGUUCCAAACAAUGAUAUUUAUUCUGUUCAUGAUUGUCCAAAACAUCCUAUACUCAGCAAACAAGAUGGAGAACCGACCAGAAUGAAAAGAGUUCGUAUCUGUUCUGCUGCGCAUUCAUCUAGAUUACCAAGAUUGAAUAUCCCUGGUCAGACAGUUAAUGUACCAAUAAAGCGAUCUAAGAAGCCAGAGACUCAAACAAAUUAUAUUUUAAGAAGUGCAGCUUACGCAAAACAAAACGUGAACAGACAAACAAUACAUCAGACGACAAAACCAUCAAAAUAA